AUGGCCGAGCCGGCUGGUGGCUUCGUGACACCUUCGGGAUGGUUCCCACCCCCGGAGCUGACUCCCACUUUGGGGCCUUUGCGCGAUCCGGGCCGGAUGCCGGGCACCUGGGCGCUCUGGGCCACGAUGCCGCCGCCCCCACCGCCGCCUGCGUCGUCCCCCGCGGUCGGGUCCGAGCCGUCCUCGGGGGCGCAGCCUCGCCGCGAGUCCCCGGAACCUCCCGGGGCGCCGCCCCCCUUCGACGCCCUGCUGCUCCCCGCGGCGCAGCCCCCCUUCGACGGCCAGCCCCCUCUUGAAUCUCAGCCUCCACUCAACGCCCAGCCUCCCUGGAAUUACCAGCCCUCGACGUCGUGGUACUGGGGACAGUCUCCGGAUGCCUUUCCUCACCAUCAGAAGCCUCACAGCCCUGCCGUCAGGCGCCCCUUUUUCCCACGAAAACAUGAUGGAAACGUCAAUGAUUUCAACUUCCCUCCCAGUAGAAAUCAGAAAAAAAAGAAAAGAAAGGAACCUGUCUUUCACUACUUUUGCGAUACCUGUGAUCGUGGUUUCAAGAAUCAGGAAAAGUAUGAUACACACAUGUCUGAACAUACUAAAUGCCCUGAAGCAGAUUGCUCUUUCACUGCACAUGAGAAGAUUGUCAGCUUCCACUGGAAAAAUAUGCAUGCUCCUGGGAUGAAGAAAAUCAAGUUGGACACUCCUGAGGAGAUUGCCAGAUGGAGGGAGGAGAGAAGAAAAAACUACCCAACUCUGGCCAACAUUGAAAGGAAGAAGGUGUUAAAACUCGAAAAGGAGAAGAGAGGGGCCGUGCUGACGACGACCCAGUAUGGAAAGAUGAAGGGGAUGUCCAAACAUUCACAGGUGGCUGGGAUCAGAAGUCCCGGCAAACAUCACAGAUGGAAAGCCAAUCGGGAUGGACAUAGAGCAGUCAUUGAAUCAGGCAGUCCCUCUUGUGAGUCCAAACCGGACGGUCCAUCGGAGACAAAUGCAGAUCCCCUGGGUGCUUUGGCGAACAAUGAUUCUGAGUCGGAUAAGGAAGACAAGCCACCCAGAACUGUCGUACCCAAGGAAGUGACCCCAGCCCUGUGCUCCCUCAUGAACAGCUAUGGUAGCCUUUCAGAGUCAGAGAGUGAGCCAGAAGAAACUCCCAUAAAGAAGGAAGCGGAAGUGCUGGCAGAAAACCAGGCUCUUCAUAGCAGUCCUCAGGAGAGUCCAAGUCAGCGUGUCAAAGUGGCUGCUACAGACGUCUCAGAAGCCAGCCAGAAGAGCCCAAUGAAACAUUUUAAAAAGACAAAUCCCAAGCAGAAAAAACAACCCAAUUUUCACACAUUGUUUCAACCAAGAACACACCAUCCAAAUCUCCUGGAAAUGCUUUUGGCUCCGGACAUCAGACAUGAAAGGAAUGUGAUUUUGCAGUGUGUUCGGUACAUCAUCAAAAAAGACUUUUUUGGACUUCAUGCUCCUGUGGAAACUGAGGGCAUAUCCACGACUGAUGUUUCCGCCCGCGUACCUGAAAUGUGUAAAUAGUACCCUCCUGGAGAUGGCGGAGAAUAGCCCCCCACCUUUUCUCCCCCGUCAUUUCUUUUAAUACAUGCUAAUAAAUGUAGCACUAAUUCUUAA